AAGAAUAUUGUUUUGACGAUUAGCAUUUAGUCGUCAGUAUUAGGAAAUAAAUAAAAAUAUGGAUGCUAUUUUAAUGAUGCUUUUCUAGGACCAUAAUGAAAACGGGGUUUAUCGUUUGGCUUUUAGCUGUUACGUUGUCAACAACUGAGUCUGUUUCCGAUGGAUUUUGCGUCUUAUCAGAGAAAACUGACGGGCAGUCAAACAAAAUGACAAGAUUCCUGUUAAAGCAGUCCACACAGAAUGAGGUCACAGACGAUGCCCUAAUCAGCGUUUCCGAGCUAACCGAAGAGCCGUGUAUCAACAACUCUACGGUCGAGUACAGAUUAGAACCAUCAGACCUACUGGAUUCAAGAAGUCCUAUUUCCAUGAGAACAUGUCUUUACAUGUCACAUCUAAUGAACGCGAGUUAUGUAGCUACCAAGUGCUAUACAACAGUUCUGAAGUUUGAAGGAACCUUCCAACAGCUGGUAUGUUGGGUUCCAAUGGUAAUUGAGAGUCCAUUAAAUGUUCGUAUGGUUAUAUCGGUGGAGGAGGUCAGAGGUCAACAUUAUCUAGAACAGUUCAUGAUAGUGAGUGCGGGAACAAAUACAUGUAAGAAACCAUGCGGGACAAAAGAUGUUAACGCUUCUCCGAUAUUGUUCUGCGACAAACAAUUAGUGCUCAACCACCUCAAGACAGUUCAAGUCUUAAAGAUACAUCUACAUCUGCAUGUUGAUAAUGCGAAUGCAACUUUCCCGUUAGUUUUUGUUAACAAGAACUCGACGUCAACGGCUGCCAAUGUGAAUGUGAAGUAUAACCGCAAUGCGAUCCUAGAGGUGGCCUACAAGGAGACACGAUACAGCACGUACUGCCCGACAUUCCGCCAGUCUGUGAGGGUGUUCUGCGACAUUGAACCCAAUGAUUCCAUGCCCGUAACAAUAACACCGACAACACAAGGACCCCCAGAACCUCCUCGUAUAUGGAACAUAAUGCUUCCGAUACUUGGUGUUGUUAUCAUCGGAACGGUUAUCAUUUUUGUUGCCGAUAGAAAGAGAGUUAGCUUAAUGCCAUUCUUAAAAGUAUGCAGAAGAAGCGGUCAUUCAUCCCGACAUGUCAGAGGAACAUAUUCUUCGGAAAUUGCAGACGGAGAAAAAACUGAGAUGACAAGAUUUGCCACACAACCAUGAAACAUGGUUUCCCGCUAUUGUCUACGAAUUCUCCCGAUCACUAGAAAGUGCAAUAUUAUGAAAAUAAGGCAUUAUACCAUGACAUCGUCGGUUUCGAAAUGGAAAUUGAGCCAAUUGAUUGAAUGACAUUUUGUGAAUAGACUCAUUGUUUACAUGUAUUUUUAACAGUUUACUUUUAUAUAUCGUUUUGUAAUUUGCUGAGUGCUUCUUUAUAUAUUUAUAUUAAUUGCAUGCUUUUCGGUGAAUACGAAGUUUUAUCCGUCAAAUAACAGCACUGAAAAUAUGAUUUUUUUAUAUUUUCACUGAGAACCAAGAUAUGUAAAUAACAACUUGAAGAACUAUUUUUUAAUCAAUUGGAGUUACUUCCCUUUUAUCAGCAUAGUACCUCACUUUGAAAAUAAACAUAACUAACCAUUUGAUAUAGAAUAGGUUACCCUAUUUAUCGAAAAUGUUCCCAAACCAGAAUGUUAGAACAUUUUCAUUCGUGAAAUAUCAUUACAAGCAAAAAACAAAUGCUUGAACAUAUUUAUUUCGACGGUAAAUUUUCUGUCUAAUAUCCUUCCAACUGCCAGGCUUUUUAAUACGAACUUCUAGGGAACUUCACAAGCUAAUUAACUGAUUAAUAAACUAAAAGUCACCACCAUAAAUUAUCAAAAACACAUCAAAUGUCAACAAAGAAGCUUGACUUCGAAGCGAACCAGACUGAUCUCUUACAUGCCAAGAAACAAACUCGAAAACUUGGACAACUGUUUCAAUCCACAUUAGUAUUUUUUACACUUUAUGCCUUUCAAAUAUUUCAUUCAGUAAAUGGCGACCAGUGAAAUUUGGUCAUUUUUAUCAUUUUCAUGCGUUUUUCAAUUUGUUUUGUACAUAUUAAACUUUUGUUAAUUGUAGCAUAAUUGCAUUUAUCAUUAAUAAGUUAAUUGAUUAUUGUUUAAAAGAAAUGUUUGAACUGAAACACAA